AUGAGAUUCACUCCACAUCGAGAUGAGGCAUUGCAAUUCAGUCUUGAGCCAAUAGACUCCGACUACGAUUCUGGAACAGAUAGCGAUAUUCUGGAUGAUUAUAGCGAUGAUGCGUCAUCAAAAAGCACAUUAGUGACCUCCGAGGGAGAGAAAGAUCGUGAUGUUGAUAGAACAUCAAAUUUUCUUUCCAAAUUAGGAUUGAGUGACAGAUUUCAGGCAGUCCGAGAUUUAGGAAGUGUUGCUCAAAUAUUAAGCGAUGGAGAUUUGCUCAGCACAGAUGAAAACAAAACACAGUUAAAGCCGAGAAAAAUAAUACGGCCAGCAAAGAAAGAGGAUGCACAAAAGAAAACAACAAUACUAGCGCGUAAGCUUGGAUCGCAAGUUUGUGAGUUGUAUGACGUCGACUACGAUUAUAUAAAAAGAAGCAGGCUUGAAAAACUGAAACGAGAAAAGGAGAAAGUCAAAGAGAUGAUUGCAGCGGAGAUGGAGAGACGAAGAAGGGAAGAGGAAGAGAGGAAGAUAAGACUUGAGGAAGAAAGAAAGAGGAAGGAAGAAGAGGAAAAAAGAAGGAAGAAGGAAGAAGAAGAAAAAAGAAAGCGGGAGGAGGCAGCAAGAAAAACAGAAGAAGAAGCAAGAAAGAAGAGGGAGGAGAUAAUGAAGAAGAAAAUCGAGGAAGCCAAGAAGGAGGCUGCUAAGAAGAAGACGGUAACAGACUUUACGUCUGUGGAGAAAGAGUUUGUGAAAUAUAAGCAGGACAUCAAGGACAUCAAAAAUGACAUUGUGCUUCGCGUGAAAAAGGAUACAGAACUAAAGAAGCAGAUCAACACGCAGAGGAGGAAGAUAAACCCGAAGUUUGGGCAGUUGACAAACAGCGUACAGCAACUAAGGCAGGUCACACAAGCGCUUGAACAACUUAUCCAGCAAACUAAGACCAAUGAGUUGGCAUUUAAAUGGAUACUCAACUUUGUAGCUAAGGCCAUAAUCCACCAGGCUGAGAUUGAAGUGGCAAUACAUGGAAAAGCUGCUCUUCCACUUGGAUCUCUAGCUUUGCAGCUUUUGCUGGUCUUCCCAGAACUUCAUUAUUACCUAAUGGCUCGUUUCGUGAAGAAAUGCCCACUGGUGAUUGGGUACACGUGCGCAAUUGACACGGAAGAAGGACGAAAGAGAAUGGGAUGGCGGAAAGACGGCGAAAAAUGGGAAUCAGAGGAGAGAUACAACGAAAGACUCGGCGGUAUAUGUACUCUUUACUCUGUUAUGAGUAGAUUAUCGAUAGAUAUGUCUUUCUCAGGGUAUUCGGCUGACUGCAGGCAUCCUCUUCCGAUUUCCAAGAGCUGGAUAAUGAUCAGUCGACUUUUGAAUACACCUCUGAAGUUAGUGACAAAUGUUCACUUUGCGGUUGCUGGUUCCUGGUGGGAUGCAUGCGCUUCCCAGCUAUUGCAAGCUUACGGAAUGCAGGCGAAGAAGCUUUUACAGUUGUUGUGGAACAACUGGACUUCUGCCGUUAGUGAUAGGAGAUAUCCAGCAGCUGCCCGAUUACGGCUUCAGGGAGAAGAUUGGACUCAGCAUGGAAAGAUUGAAGAAUUUCCGGCUAUGGAGGCAUGA